AUGUCUCAAUCGCAGUCCGAACUCGUGAAGGACGCCAGGUUGCCCACUAAACUCGACCCCGAACGUACCACCCACACCUUUCUCGAAACAAGCCACAUCGCAGGCCUCGCAGGCCGUCGCGCUCGGCGUCGAGAGCGUGAGGAAGUAUGGCAAAGACAAAGACCUCUUGAAAUCGACACAUUUAGCACCGUCUGGUUGGAGAGAUGCGUGUCCGAUAGCGGAGGGAACCUGCGGGCUGUCAAGGAGGUGCGCAGGGUCGGUCCAAACUCCUUGCUUAUCGACUAUACUCGUGAGCUAGAAGCAAUUACCAAGCUUUCGCAGCAGAAGUACGAUGGCUGUUUUGUGAAGUCAUCUGGAUGGUUCGAUAACGACGAGUCGCUUUUUAUCACGAUGGAAUAUCUUCCGGCCGGAGAUCUGCAAAGAUACAUUGUUCAACCUUUCUCGGAACGAGAGGCUCAGAGUAUUACGCUCCAGAUUCUCGAGGGCCUGGAUUUUAUGCAUAGUAAUGGCUUUUCACAUCGGGAUCUCAAGCCUAAGAACAUUUCAGUGCUUUCGGCAGGGCCUGACUGGUGGGUCAAAAUCGGUGACUUUGGUAUCAGUAAACGAGUUAUGGAAGGCUUAACUGGUCUUCAAUCAUUCAACGGCACGCCAGCUUUUACUGCGCCGGAAGUCUACCAACACACAUGGCAGCCUUGCGAAACAAAUCAAGGGAUUAACACAAAUUUCGCCCCAGAGAUGGAUCUAUGGUCACUUGGCGCGAUCAGCUACCACCUGCUCACCGGACAAUUGCCUUUUGUCUGUCAAAAAAACUUGUUUGCAUACCAGAGAGGUGAAAUGGAGCUACCAUUAGGAGCCAUAGGACAAUUUCAAGCUAGUCCGGAAGCCUUGUUGUUCAUGAAGGCCAUGCUUGCCUCGGAUCCUUUUAGUCGUUUACCGGCUCGAGAUGCGUUGGAUCAUGCAUGGUUGAUUCCAUUACAACAUGAUUCAGAGUCAGAAUUUGAAGGGGAGAGUCGAGGAGCAACGCAUACUACUCGCGCAGAGGAGACAAACCUACCUACAACACAAAUGCAAAAUCCAGAAAUGCUAACCCAGGCAUAUCGAGACGUCCUACUUCCAGGAACAAUCGACUUCACGACAACCCACCAGAAUAGACUCACCGAAGACAACCUGCCGCAACUUCCAUUACCAUUCUCCCAGAGUCUCGGAUUUGAUGGUGAUACGUAUAAACAAAUCGUCCGCAAUCAGGUAUCUGGCAGUACAACGAUCAACAACCAUCCAUCUAUAAGGGCGACUACCUCCGUCGUACAAUCACAAACCAGCGAGUCCAAUCGUCCAAACCAUACCCGACAACUUUCAUCCAUGGACACGACUAUAUCAACAACAGAUACACUCCCUCCUUAUACCCGACGAAGAUCAGACGCGGCACCAAUCCCGGUAACAGAUCUAGAACAAGAGACCCCGAAGCCGGAAAGUACGCAUUCCAGUACGAGAACUACGGAGCGCCUGUCGAAAAGACUCCGUCGCGCUUCGAAGGAUAUGGUGCCUAAGCGAAGUCGUCGUUCCCAGGAUUCGACCUCUACAAAGGAUUCUGAACUUCCAAAGUCGCCGACUUCCGCAGAAAGUACAACCUCAGGCAAGAAGACCAAAUCUCAUGUUGUGGAAAUCCCUGGUCGUCCCCAGUUUGCUGAGGGUUUGCCGAUGUUCCCUAUGCGUUCGAAGAAGGCUUAG